AUGGAUAAAAAUUGGAAUAAUGGUUCAAAUUCGGAUGAAAAUUUACCUACUCUCGGUUUUGAAUCAUUAUCUCUGGGUCAAAAAUUAUUGUCGAAAUGUUUAAAAAAGACUGGAAUAAGUGUGAGUGUUCGGGGUAUCGCUGUCAAUACAACAAGUCAAAUCAAGGUUGCCGGUAGCGCCUGGAAAUCAGAAGCUAAGUACGACGCGACGUCCGAGACAAAAACGGGAACCUUGGAUGACGUCUCGUUCCCUGACCUGCUGGGAUCGAGUAAUCGCGAAGUGAGUGUGAACAACCAGACCUCGGAAAGGUCAAGUGUGACCAACGAUAACGAGCGAUCGGCCUCCAAGGAGCCCAGGAGGAACCGCUACAAGGUGAAGCACCGCCUCCCGAUAGUGCAGGCUGUGAACAACACACCCUACCACCCGAGUCGCGACGGCAGUUACUCGGGCUCGUCGUUCUCGUUCAAGAACAGCCCUUUCGACGAGGAGGAGGACAUCGUGGGCAACGACUUCCUGAUGCCAGGCAUGAAGGGGAACUACCCGCUCGGCUUCACGAACUUUAUCGGAAAGGGCGUCAGGUCGCCACCUCCGCCGCCGCCCCCGCUACCGUACCCGACCAACUCACUUAGCAUUUACCAGAGUUAUCAGCAGUACUCGAUCACCAGACUGAAGCCUGGGAAGUCUCAGGCAAACAAAACGCACGUGAGGGCAGACUCCCCCGCCUCAGAGUCUAACUGGUUAGACAACAAGAGUGACGGCUACAACGAAGCUGAGCUGACCACAGCCAUCGACUCUCUAAAUAACUCGAUUCUUGCAGACCGAUCCGAGGGCAUGACAAUAAAGCCCUUUGUAUCUGACAAAUUAGCGCAGUCCUACCUGGAUUUAAGUAAUUUUGAGGAUAACACCCUGUUGUUGCAAGAUUCGCUCUCGAAUCAGCUCGAUGGAAGACUAAUUGACCAACUGGAGAACCAACUGGACGACAGAAUUGCAAGUCAGCUAUCCAGCGAGCUGGAGACCACCCUGGACAGUAAGCUGGAGAACGCCAUCGACGAAAGACUCUCAUCUGAGUUGGGCACUGGCCUCGAGUCCAGCCUUUCUGGCAGCCUGUCAGCAGGGCUCGACAAGAGGAAGAAGGGUAGCUUCCUCAGGCGCAAGAGGUUCACCACGACCGGUCGUCCUCAGCCCGCCGGAAUGGACACCCAGUACCCCUCGCGCCCUCAGCCGAGGGCUCCGAGGCCCAGGCGGGAGAGGACUGACAAACUCGCGCCGAGCCAGACGCUCAGCGGCAGCUCCCCCAGCCUCUUGCCGAACACUCCCACGCUCAGCAGUCUUCUGACGAAGUCGCCCGUCGCCUCCAGGAAGCCUCCGGAGCUUAGUUCGAAGUCCUCGGUCAGCAAGAUUUACAACAUUCCCAAACCUCCGAUAAACGGUAAGCCUGACUCUGCUCUGAGUCCCGAUGUUGAAAGGAUGGACACUGAUUCAUCCAGUUUCAGGAGGCCUAGGCUGAGGCCGAGGCCCAAGAGGAAGGACAUUGACGAAGACUGGAGGUCCUCUGCAAAUACAGUUGAACCCACACCAAACGAAAACGCAGUUAUGUCAGAAAAUGUGCACGAAAGGAGACACUUUAGAAAUAGACCGAGGUUUAAACACCCGAGUAUGAACAAUGCGAGAUCUGAGUGA